AAGUCAUAUAUUUCAGACAAGAGUCUUUGCUGUAUUUAUACUGGCACUCCUGUACAGUGCACUCUGCACUGAGUUGUAAAGAAGAAGAAGAAGAGCGGGAACGCAGCAACACGAGCUCAAACCCACCUGUACUUACCUGAAAGCUACUACACAAAGAUCAGCAUGGCAAACAAAGGUCCUGCCUAUGGUCUGAGCCGUGAGGUUCAGAGCAAGAUUGAUAAGAAAUACGACCCGGAACUGGAGGAAAGGCUGGUGGACUGGAUCGUCGCCCAGUGUGAGCCUGGUGUGGGCCGACCUGAGCCAGGCAAGACUGGCUUCCAAAACUGGCUCAAGGAUGGAUGUGUGCUGUGUGAACUCAUCAACAGCCUGUGCGGAGCCAACAAGCUGGUCAAGACCAUCAAGACCUCCGGCAUGGCAUUUAAGCAGAUGGAGCAAAUCUCCAUGUUCCUCAAAGCUGCAGAAAGCUAUGGAGUCACCAAAACUGACAUGUUCCAGACUGUAGAUCUCUUUGAAGGCAAAGACCUGGCUGCCGUCCAGAGGACCCUGAUGGCUCUGGGUAGUUUGGCAGUCACAAAGGAUGAUGGGAAUUACAAAGGAGACCCCAACUGGUUCCAUAAGAAAGCCCAAGAGAACAGGAGAGACUUCUCAGAGGAACAGCUGAGCGAAGGCAGAAAUGUCAUCGGCCUGCAAAUGGGCACAAAUAAAGGAGCAUCUCAAGCCGGCAUGACAGGUUACGGAAGACCCAGGCAGAUUAUCAACAACCCCUGAAGCCAAGCAGUGCUUAAACGCUCCUCCAAUACCCUCCUCCUUCCGUCCUCUGAAAGGCCAGUCAGCGAGGAAGGAGAAACUCUUACUCUUACCUUGGCCAUUAGGUGGAAUGUGACCUGACUGCUCUCAAGACAAAACUGGACCAAAACAGGGACCAACAAGAACAUGUGCACAUACACAACACACACUCCAUGUUGAGGAAAACACAGAGAUAAAGACUUUUAAGUGAUUACACAAUUAGACAGAGAAUUUUACAUAGUAUUUUUACAGCAACACACUGCUAGGCCACCUUGUAAAUAAUAUUUUUUUCAUAAAGAAUCAUUCCAGAUGUUUUGCAUGUCUUAACUCACUACCUUAAAAUCAGAUGUUCUUUUUAUUUCAACCAUAAGAGUUUAGAUUUCUUAGCUUCCAGACAUCCACUGGUUCCAGUUCACUUCAGUACACUAUAAAAAUCAACAGGUAGUGACUUGUAACUCGCUUGAGAGAAGUAAUCCAUCACAUUCAACAUUAAGUUUCCUACAUUAAUGCAACAUGGUAAUGCAUUCAGGAACUCUCUUCAUAACUCUUCCUGCAUUCAAGGGCACUCUGACAUCUGAGAUUUUAGACUUUUUAAUGGAAGAAACAACCAAAUCCAUAUUUAUUUUUCAUGGUGCCCCUGUUUGUGUUUCGUCAAUCUCCCAGUUUUGCUCUUCUGACAGAGUAGCUGUCAAUUCUUGAACGUCAGGAUGUCCUUGAAUGCACCACGGAGGACAGUUUUGAAAAAGUUCCCUGCUCAUAUCUGCAGAACAACAGCAUAGCAUAACUGUAAUGUUGCGUUAACAAACAUGAAUGAUUAAGAGUAAACUGAGCAGAGUGUUCAGUGUGAUAGAUUACCUGUCUCAAGCAACUUUCAAGUCUGUGCUGAUUCAUUGAUUACUGGAAUGAACUGAAACAAGUGGCAGCCUGGAAGGUAGGACGUGUCUGGAGUGCUGUGGUUUACAAUAAUUUUAAGUACAUAAAUUGAAGUAUACAUAGAUCCACCUGUAUAAUUUAGAAAGUGAAUUGCCUAAAAAGUUUCAUGAAAAACAUAAAAUACAGUUGUGCGUGUUUUACCUACUUCAUAACACAGUCUGUUAACUAAUUUCUAAUCGAUGUUGGACCUUCUUUUUAGAGUUGAAUGGACGAUAUUGAAAUAAAGUUUGAUUUAACUGUAAAGAA